AUGUGCUUUGGCGCCCGGAAUAAGAAUGAGGAUGGCGAGGCUCGCUCGCGGGAGGUGGACAAGGUCCUCCGCCAGGACGAGAAGCGCAUGGCAAAGGAAGUCAAGCUGUUGCUGCUCGGUGCUGGAGAAUCUGGAAAGUCUACAAUUCUGAAGCAGAUGAAGCUCAUCUAUGCCCAGGGCUUCAACAAGAGCGAAAGGCUAGACUUUAAGCCCGUCAUCUUCAACAACAUUAUCCAGUCAUUCAGGACCAUCGCCGAAGCCAUGGGCGAGCUGGGAAUCGAGUAUGAGUUUCCAGACAACGAGAAAAACAUGGCUCACAUCUUGGUCGACAACGAAAUCAGCCCCGACAGCGGAAUGCCCCAGGACUACCUAGAGCCCAUCAAGGCAUUGUGGAGAGACAGCGGCGUUUUGAAAGCAGUUUCCAAGGGCAAUGAAUACGCUCUGCACGACAACUUGACAUACUUUGUUACAGACAUUGACCGGAUAUGGGCCGAGGGUUACGUACCAAACGAUCAGGAUCUGCUGCGCUCUCGUCUGAGGACCACGGGUAUCACAGAAACCGUCUUUGAUCUCGGCCAGCUGACGUACCGCAUGUUCGACGUCGGUGGCCAGAGGUCAGAACGGAAGAAGUGGAUCCACUGCUUCGAGAACGUCAACUGCCUGCUCUUCCUCGUUGCCAUCAGUGGCUAUGACCAGUGCCUCGUGGAAGACAAGGACGGUAACCAAAUGAACGAGGCUCUGAUGCUGUGGGAAUCCAUCGCCAACUCCCACUGGUUCACCAUGACCUCCUUGAUUCUCUUCCUGAACAAGAUGGACCUCUUCAAGGAGAAGCUCCCCAAGAGCCCAAUUUCCAAGUACGGCUUCACCGACUACCACGGACCCGACGACGACUACAAGGCGGCCAGCAAGUACUUCCUCGACAAGUUCCGCGCGCUGAGCAGGAACCCCGAAAAGGAAAUCUACGGCCACUUUACCAAUGCCACGGACACGAACCUGCUGAAAAUCACAAUGGGCUCCGUGCAAGACAUGAUUAUUCAGAGAAACCUCAAAAAGUUAAUACUAUGA